AUGGCCCAAAAGUAUGCCAAAGACCAGCUUGCGGGCUUCACGAACCGCAUCACCCGCGUCGCCAUCGUCGGUGCCAGCGGACAAGUCGGCAGCUACCUCACCGCCGCACUUCUCUCCACAGGCCAGCACACCGUCACGGCCAUCACACGUUCCGACAGCAAGUCCUCGCCUCCGCCCGCGGGCGUCACUGUCGCCAAGGUUGACUACGACAACGAGCAGUCCCUCGUGGACGCUCUCCGCGGACAGCAGUUCCUCAUCAUCUCCAUGUCUGUUACUGCGCCUCGGGACUCGCAAAGCAAGAUCAUCAAGGCCGCUGCAAAGGCAGGCGUCGCCUGGGUCAUGCCCAACUGCUACGGCACUGACAUCGCCAACGCGAAGCUGAAGGAGGAGAACCUCACCGGCCCCGCCGUCCUGGGCGGCAUCGAGGCCAUCGAGAAGGAGGGCGUCAGCUCUUGGAUCGCCAUGUGCUGCUCCUUCUGGUACGAGUUCUCCCUGUCAAUGGGCCCUGGCUGGUACGGCUUCGACUUUGCCAACAUAAAGGUCACAUUUACGGACGAUGGCAAGACGCGCAUCAACACGAGCACCUGGGAGCAGUGCGGCCGCGCCAUCAAGGCCCUCCUCAGCCUCAAGGAGCUGCCUGAGGACGAGAAUGACAAGACCCCCACACUAUCGACCUGGCGCAACAAGCCGCUCUACAUCUCGAGCUUCCUGGUCUCCCAGCGAGACAUGCUGGACAGCUUGAACCGCGUGAUGGGCACGACCGACGCCGACUGGGAGAUUGAGCACGAGGAGCACGCCGCUCGCUAUGCGCGCGGAAUGGAAAUGUUCAAGAAGGGCUCUCACCUUGGCUUCGGCAUCUGCCUCUACACGCGGACCUUUUACCCCAAUGGUGACGGCAACUUUGAAGCCAAGCAUGGUCUUGCAAACGAUGCCUUGGGUUUGCCUAAGGAGGACCUGGACGAGGCGACCAAGCGAGCCGUUGCCAUUGUCAAGGGUGGCUUUGAGCGAAAGGCGGUUGACGUCAACAUUUACAAAUAG